GUGCUCGUACGUUUCAAUGACACUUAAAACAUGUCAAGAUUGUAAAUAGUUCGCGCCGCAAUACCCUAGAUACAUUGAAUAGACGCAGAAAAAUAAUUAUUUUACAAACCGAAGGGUGGCUCCUUUAGAGAAAAAUUUGUAUAAAGGAAAAAACAAACACCCACCGAAACACUAUAAGAAACUGCAUAAAAGUGAAAAUACAGAAAAUUAAAAAAGAAAAAACUAAAAAAAAAAAUUACUCAACCGAAUUGUAUGUGCUGUGGUAGGGAAAACAAAAAUACGGUGCCGUUUUCUUUAAAUUUGAUGAGAAUGCCUGUGGGACCAUGCGUUCUAGGGACAAAUUCUUCUCUUCUGUACGGGCAAACUCCUUGCCUAUAAAGCAAACGUUCCUGAGUUAAAAAGUGGAUAUGUGCUGAUAUCCCGAGAUUCAUUACGUUAACCUGCGUUUAACCGGGCUGUGAAUACUAACUUGCAAGUGCAACGAUGGGUCACAUUUGAAGUCAAGGCUGCAGAUUCGCUGUAAGCACCCGGCUACUUAUCUCGGGUUAUGCUGACGAAGGUUAAAAAACGGACAGCACUUUUUGCAAAGAUAUCGCCUGAUUAUUGCCCGUGUCAAUCGGCGCCAUUUGCAGCCGAAUACCAAUACCGUAUGUAUGUAGGGACAAGUUCAUAUGUGCGUCGCAGUAAGGUAGUAAGAUUAAAGGAUCACAUCUAUGAUUAUGAACCAUUCAGCAACCACUGAAGGUUCUAAAAAUGUUUUCUUCCGGAUGUAUGUGGCAGCAUGAUUUAUGUUCGAAAAUUGUGUAAUAUUUUAGAUAUAAGAACUUAACCUGCAGCAUAAGGAAUUAACCCAUUGACCGCACUGGUCAACAAUAAAGACGAGCUAAAAUAAAUUAGGGUAAAAUCAGCAUUAGCCAGACACAUUGAUGGUAUCGCUUACGGAAAUUAACAACAUCGAUAACGAUGACGUCCAGUAGCACUAUCGACCUUACAUUGCAGGGCUACUUCCGGCUGCACAAUUCCGGCGCCGACAACGAUGAUAAAGGCGUGAAACUGAAUAUUGAUGGUGGCGGCCGUUCCAAGGAGAUGAGCAAUAUUUUUAUGGACAUUUGGAAUUCUUUUGACAGUUCAAACACAACAGGCAUAGAAGCGACAAAUGUGACCUCAAUGAACUCACCGUCGAUGGCCAAUCACAGUAUAACAUUCCCUGAAAAUGCCAACAAUACGCAAUAUAAGUGGACAUCCUCAUUGAUUGAAACGUUCGCCAAUAUGGAUUCUCACUACUCUUCAGUAUUUGUUGCUGUUAAUUCAACGCUGCCUACGGAUAGUGAAGAAACAAGCGGAAAUGAAAUUGGAAAUGAAGGAGGAUGGUUGGUUGGUAACAACGACACUAUCACUGAGGACGUACUCAAUGCUUACAGCACACCAAGUUUAUUUGAUGCCACGCUUAGACCGUCAGAAAGGACUAGUCUGUUGCCUGCUGAGGCAGGAGAUGACAUCAAUUUUGCCUUGAUCGACAGUGCGGAAACUGCUAUCGGCGCCGACAAUGAUUAUGAAACCGCAGUUGGAUUUAAUGGCGGCGGGGAAGCCGAAAACAUUGACAAUCCAUCGGUCGAGAGCACGGGAUUGAAUGGACACUCGAUGGCGUUCGAUAGUUUUAGUUAUAGUAAAAACAAAUCUGUGUUCUAUGCGAGUUUCGAUGACGGUACGACGAAUACACCAACGGUUGGAAAAGCAAUAAAUUCAGCGGAUGGUAGUAAGACCGGCAGCACAUUUACUAUGUUGCUUGAGGACUUUGGGGAUUAUUUUUUUAAUUACAACGGUAAUAGUAGCGAAGUUGGUGGCGGAAUUGAUGAUCUACAAAAAGAUAUCCUAACUUGUAACGGCAGUGAUUUGAUUAUACAAACUAAUUGCACAAACAUGACGGAUUUGUUUAUCGAGGCAACUGAAGAAGUUUCUCCCAACUAUUGGGCGCUUACACUGAUGGUGUUUCCUUUGUUGACCUUGUUUGGCAAUAUAUUGGUGAUCCUCUCAGUAUUUCGCGAACGAUCCUUACAAACAAUCACGAACUACUUUAUUGUGUCGCUAGCAAUAGCCGAUCUAUUGGUAGCUGUCGUGGUGAUGCCAUUUGCGGUUUAUGUCUUGGUAAAUGGGGGCCGGUGGAACUUACCCGCGGUGGUUUGUGAUUUUUAUAUAUGUAUGGAUGUCAUAUGUUCAACUUCAUCAAUCUUCAACUUAGUGGCAAUAUCAAUAGAUCGAUAUAUUGCUGUGACGCGACCAAUAGAAUAUGCAAGACAUAGAAACAGCCUACGGGUCUGCCUCACGAUGCUGCUAGUCUGGGCAACAUCGAUAGCUAUCGGCUUACCCAUAUUGUUGGGUCUCAACAGGACAGAUGAUCGCGAUCCAGGGCUUUGUAUCUUCUACAACACGAUAUUCAUUCUAUGCUCAUCACUGUCGAGUUUUUACAUCCCUUGUAUAAUAAUGGUUUUCCUAUAUUGGAAUAUUUUCAAGGCACUGAGAAUGCGAGUACAAAAGCAACGUGCUGCACGGAGGCCGCACCUGUCCGAGCUGACGGGUGGCAGUGUCAUUGAAAAUGUAGCGCACACGCGGAGACUGGCCGAAACGGCGCUGGAUAGCGACAAGCACGCGGCUCGCAUAAUUCCUGACGAGCCGGCGACAAACACAGCGUCGGGGUCGAAUGAAGAGGAGGAAGAUCUUGGUGGCAGCGCCAUAUCGCCGGAUAUUGAUGAUUGUCAUGUCAUAGUUAAUGACAAGUCUACAGAAUUUAUGCUGGCUACUGUAGUUGAGGAAACCGGCAUAGUUGUAGCGCAGAUCAGCAGUCCACCGCAACUUCUGGUUGCCGAUUCAAAUGGUAAUCAUGAUUCUGGUUAUGCACCCUCAAACGUUGACGAUGUCCUUGCAGGAGCAGCCGCCGAUUCCUCACCGCCGGAUAGCCCGGAGCCAAGUGGGACAUAUAAGCGUACGAGUGUGAGUAGCAGCAGACGCAACACCGCAACUGGCGACUCACCUACCAAACGGGAGCCUUCACUCAGUAUUGCCAUGCGGCCACUGUCUUUCGUCCGCUGCGGUGUCCAAGAAGCGAUGACAUUGGCUCGCAACGACUCCACCCUAUCGACUACAUCGAAGACCUCAUCGCGCAAGGACAAAAAAAAUUCACAAGCGUCACGAUUCACCAUUUACAAAGUUCACAAAGCUUCGAAAAAGAAGCGUGAAAAGUCUUCCGCGAAAAAAGAGCGUAAAGCCACCAAAACCUUAGCUAUCGUUUUAGGUGUAUUCCUAAUUUGCUGGGUGCCAUUCUUUACCUGCAAUGUCGCGGAUGCCAUCUUCGCGAUAUUCGAUAUCGACUGGCGGCCAGGCGUAAAUGUCUUCAUAUUCACCACUUGGUUGGGCUACAUCAACAGCUUUGUCAAUCCAAUCAUAUACACGAUAUUCAAUCCGGAGUUUCGCAAAGCCUUCAAGAAGAUCAUGCAUUUAGGAUGAUUAAUAACAGUUCUCGGACGGUAUUGCACAGACAUCAUGGCAAAAACUAAACACAAAUACAUUUCCUUGGUGGAAUUUACAACAUAUAGCAAAACAUUCGUGAUCACUAUAAACUAAUUCAAAAGUAAAUAUGUACAGUUAUCAUUAAGAACAUAUAUUACUCUCAUAUGCCAAACUGCGAGAUUUUUAAAGACAGUAAAAACUCAUAAGCAACCCAACCCAAAACAGUCUUAAAGUGGGCAAAUAAAAGGUUUUAUAUUUUCUCAUAAAUUAAAAAUAAUAAAUAAUAAAUAGAAAACAACACAAAACAAAUAAUAAGUAACUGGUGAAAAAUGAGUAAAUUUUAGUUAAGCUUGAAAGCUGCCUAUAUUUUCUAUACAUAUACAUAUUCAAAAGGUGACAAAUAUUUAAAUAUCUAUAAAAUAUGUUGUACACACAGACAUUCACAUGAGUACGUCUUAGUAAAUGUAGCCAACUGAGACCAAACAAACAUUCAAAAAUACUCAUAUAUUACUAGGACACACCGCGACAUCACAUACUCGUAUUUAAAUAUUCUUGUUUGAGAUAUUCGAAGAUUUUGUGGAAAUAUAUAUAUAUGUACAUAAGUAUGUAAGCGACAUAUAACAGUUAUUUAACUGAAUAGAAAGACGCUGUCGCUUUGUUCUUUUCUCUUUCACCUAUUCUAUCGUAGUAGAAAAACUUGGAAAAGAGAUCAGGAUGAAGGAAAAAACCCGUUAAGUUUGUGCAAUUUAUCGAUUUUCAAAUACUUAAAAUCCUUGUUAUCUGGCUUAAUUGCAAUAUUUUUGUUGGUGUUCCAAGGACGACAAUUUAACUGUAUUCAGAAAUCACAAUAAAGAGAUGAUACACAUGACUCACAUGUGGGCUAUCCAAUGAGCGAUGUGGAAGGAAUCCCAGGUUGAUGAGUCGCACCGUCAUAGUCCUGAGCAAGUUGCGUUUUUAUGGUAAAAAAUUACAUUUAUCACCUACCGAAUGUAAAAUUUCGGUUUCAGUUUGGUUAUCUAUCCAUAUUCUCCUCUUUCUUCUUUUCGUAGUGUUAAAAAUAAUAAUAAAUGGAAAUGGCCGA